AUUUAUCAUUACGGAGUACGAGAAACAUUUCUCUUUUGUUUUCUACUUUUAAAACCCUUUAAACCCUCAAAUCACCUUGUUCAUCUUCUCCAUUUCCAAAAUUUCACACCACCUCAAAAAAACCUCCAACAAUGGCGUUUCCUCAACAACUUUCUCUCUCCUCUACCUCCUCUCUCUUCUCUCCCCACUUCAAAACCUCAAUACCCUUUUUCAAACUCCCCUUCAAAACCCCAAAUCAGCUCACUUUCAACUCUCUACCUUCUUCUUCUUCUUCCUCUUAUUCUUCUUCCGAAGAACAAGCCAUGCUCGAAGCCGUGGCUCGGUCGCAGGGCAAUUCACUCCCUUGCGUUCGCACCUAUGAAAACGACAUGGCGCGCCUUUCUCUCACAGGCUCCGUCGCUUUCGAGCAAGCCCUUACUGCCGCCGCUUCUGACGGCGGAGAAGCCGCCGGUGAACAUGUUGAUGCUGGGUUGUCUACCAUGGUUGUUGAAGCCCUUUACCCUGGUCCUAAUGAUGAGCAUAGCACUGUUUCUACUAGGCUGUUUCUCCCAGCUAAGAAGGUGAAAGAGAAAGCAAGGAAGCUACGGAGUUCCCUCCCGGGAGAUAUGCUGUCUAGUACAAAUUCAAGUAAUAUACUUGCAAUGACUUUUAGACAAGUUGUAGUUCAGGAGCUCUGGAACUUUGAAUUGGCAGUUUUUCGACCUGGAUCACAAAGAAAUAUGGAGGAUCUUGGAAGCCCAAGAGAGGUUACUGCUUCUUUUGUUCUCAGCUCGUCAGAUGAUAAGGUCAUUGCUGGACUUGCAGAAGCUGUUUGCAUGUUGGCUCUAGAAAGCACUCAAAAGGAAUUCUCUCAGGAAUCAGCAGGGAAGGCAUCAGAUGGUCUUUUCAAUUGGUUUUCAAAAACUAAGCAGUUUUCAUCAAAAGAUUCAUCAGUGAUGAUACAUAGGUUUGAGGAUAAAAUAAUUGAAAAGGCCAAAAGCCUUUUUGAUAAGUUCAACGUGGUAAGAGCAAAGUAUAAGAUGACAAACAAGAAAUCAACGAAUUCUGCAUGGACGCCAUUGAUGCAAUCUAAAUUGGAAAAGAUUGGUGGAUUUGAAUUUAGUAUGUGGACAAUGGAGUAUGUACCUGCUUAUAAGCUUCAGAUUGAUGCUGAUAGACUCACUAAUCUGAAGUUUGAAGGAUGGAAAAGGACUAUGGGAAAUUGUUGGGAAGUUUUCUUAACCCAUUCACAAAUGGUUGGAUUGGCUAACAUUCUAGAUAUAUAUUUCGAGGAUGUCUGCACACUUCCCGGUAAACAACAGCUAUCAUGUGAUGCUGUCAGAAGUCCGAAAAAGUUGUCAAAGAAUAAGGGAGGUUUUUCUUUGGUUGGUUUUCUGAGAACCACUCUUAUCACUGCAACUCUACUGGUUUCUGUUGGUGUGCUGAUCAAACUGUUUAUGCCACAUCUGAACAUUACUAGAAGAAGAUAUCCGGGAGAAAAUUAUGUGCUUCCAUCCUCAGAGAACAAUUGUGAACAAGUGUGGUCUCUGAAAUUAGAGGAUUCUGAGCUGGAUGCUUAUUGCUCUGCAAUUGUUAAAAAGAUUAAGGAUUCGUAUGGUUGGAAUGGAGAAGUAAAAUUUGAACCAAGUGUUGGCGCUUGGAUUGGGGAAUUUCCUGUGUAUUUAAGGUAUAAUCAUGAAGCUGAUCCCAUUGAUCAAAAUAUUACUGGCAGUUCUGAAGUGUCUGCAACAAAUAAGGAAGAGCUGGAACCGUCUGUCCAGGAAAUUGCUAGUUAUCAGAUAGUUUUGUCGCCUGAGGGAAGAAUUGUUGGGUUCCAGCCUACGAGUCUUGUGGCAGUUAAUCACUGGUCAAACAAUCCGAUAGCCAAGGAGCUGUAUGGUGGCAAGGAGCUGUCCCCUGGGCUUUUGGAACCUCGUCUAAAGAUCCACAAACCCGAGAAGGUGAUUGUGCUGGAGUUAUUGAUGUCAUUGAAUCAAGAUAAUCAUUUUGCAUUGGUCAGACAAAUGCAGUGAGGCCAUUGGCUGUUGUUUCUCCAAUGGUAACUUUAUUCAGAAAAUUGUAAAAUGACAACAGUGGUGAAUUGGCUUUUAUCACCCCCUACAUUGAGUACAUUCCUAACAAGGAGUAGGGUUGUAAUUGCAAGCGUAAAAGCAUGCCUGCUGUUCAUGUCCUAUCUGGAAGUUGCUUUGUUAUCUUUGGUCGCGGUGUUGGUUUCAGAUACUGUUUAAGAAGUCAGUAUAAGAAACAGAAUUUUUACUUGAAGUACCAGAGUCAAAGUGACUAAGCUCAAGUUAGAAUGUGGGGACUGAAUCUGUUGCAUACAGAAAUCAAAGUUUUAGUUGGAUGGUGAAAAUCAAAAGAGAUCUUCCUGAUGUUGACGCUACUUCCCUAGUGCUCAUCUUCUUCACUUCAUUCUUGGUUGGAAAAUUGCUUCUUUGUCAGUCAUGCUUCAAUCAAAAGUUGUAAUUAAUUUUGGCUUGAAAUGAAUGGAGUUGUUACAUAUGAGAAGAUACAAUUGACAAGCUCAGAUCAAACGUGUAAUAGUGCCUUGGAUUAUUAGCAUUUUUGUGCACUCAUUAGGUACACUUGAUAGCAUGCAUCUUGUAACAAACACUAUAGUUCUAAAUUAUGUAAUUAAAGAUAUUGUUUAUCAAGAUUGUGUGUUGGAGACCGUGCAAAAAUAAAAUAAGACUAACAUAAAAAA